AUGGCGGCUACGUUUGUGGAUCCUAAUAUGGAGGGUUUGUCGUUACAUGAUGAAGGAGAGGAGGAAGGAUUUUGUUUUGACGUUGAAAGUGAAGAAGGAAGUGUGGAAAAUCUGAAGUUCUGUCUAAUAGGAAGAUUUCUAAGCGAUAGACCGAUCCACGUAAAAUCUAUGAAGGCUCGCAUGGCGGAUAUCUGGAGACCAGUCCACCAAGUUACGAUCAAGGAAGCUAUAGAGGGGCGCUUUCUUUUUCAAUUCAAUCAUAGGUUGGACAUGGAAGCAGUGCAGAAGGGCGGGCCGUGGACUUAUGAUAGUCACCUUUUAAUCUUGGAUCAGGUGCGAUUGGGGGUGCAGAUUGAAAAUAUACCGUUGUAUCAUGUCGACUUUUGGGUGCAAAUCCACAACCUUCCAGCUGGCUUUAUGUUAGAGAAAAUCGGAGUAACAAUGGCGAACUUUAUUGGUACUUUUGUUGAAUAUGAUAAGAACAACAACUCUGCUUUCUGGCGACAAUACAUGCGGAUAAGGGUGAAGAUUGACGUCCGAUUACCGUUAAAAAAGUCCACAAGAGUGAAGAAUAAGGGUGGAGAUUGGUGCAACGUUAUCUUUAAAUACGAGAAGCUCAGUCCUUUUUGCUUUGUUUGCGGUGUCCUUGGUCACUCGGAACAUAGAUGUGCGGUACGAUUUGCUAUGACUGAGGAUACAGGAGUAAGGGGGUGGUCAGCGGAAAUCCGGGCUGAAAAUAGGAGGAUUGUGGGCGGUAACUCUCGUUGGUUGAAAGAAGAUGAUGGAGGAGAAGUGCAAAAAUCUGGUGCUGACCACACUCCACUAGCGCGUGAAACUCAGCCUCCAAGGGGAGAGAGUGGCGCAUCUGAUUUUUCCAGGGGGAGAAUCAUUCACAUUUACUGCUAG